CUGCUGCUGGAGGAAUUAUAUCGCAGACGUACUACAUUAAGGUUGUGUAACGUUUGUUUAUGUCCGUGUUGACACCCGUGUUUUGAAACGGCUUCUCACGAUCAAAUCCGAUAUUAAAAACAAUUUUAAAAUAAUUGUGUCCAGAUUAGCUAUAUUUUUUUACAUAGAUGUCAUCUCAAGAGUUCAGAUGAUGAACAGAAAGCAGAGGAGAGUUUUGCGGUAUGUGGAGGAGGGCAGUCUGUUAAAGUUGAAGUCAUAUCUUCGUAAACACAAGGAUCUGGAGCUGAAUUUCACCCAGGGUAAAAGGCACAGAGGCCCAUUACACGUUGUCUGCUCUCACGGUGACGAUGCCAUCCUCAGACUGCUGCUGAAACGUGGAGCAGAUCCGCUGCAAACAGACAGAAAUGGAGAAACGCCAUUACACCUGGCCGCCAAUAGAGCCCUUAAAUACGGCAAGAGAGUUUAUGAUGACCUGGUGGUGCCAUUACAAAAACACUGUCCAGAAGCAAUGGAGAUUUCCAAUAAAGCAGGAGUGACUCCUCGUGACCUGCUGCAAUGGAUGAAAUCUGAACAGAAACAGGGGGGCUUAGGAAAGGAAUCCCCAUGUGCUGUUGAUCCCGAGCAACAAUGGAGAGAGAAGCUGUUAGGUGAAUGUCAGGAUGAGUUUUUUGAGACAUUUGGACAGUAUGACGAUGAUUUCUUAUAUGAUGACAAAGAUGAAGAAGACUUUGUGGACUGGGCGGAGCGGAUCAGACGGGAGUAUGUUGGCAAACAACGUGCCAGAGAACAGAGACAAGCAGCUUGCUUGGGAAACAAGAGGUCAAAGGGUCGGAAGGAGACUGAGGAGGAUGAAAGGAGUCGCAGGGAGCUGAUGGCCAGGUUGGAGCGAGAGCAUGCUGAGUAUCUGCAGCGUGCAGCACGUAAAGAGGAGGAGACGCGGCAGGGAAGGAAGAGGCGUUACGAGGAACGUUGUGCUGCCACAUUUCAGAGCUCCUCGAGCAAGGCACCUGAAGGACUGCUGGGAUACGAUGACAUCCCGUGGCCGGCUCCUCGCGGUUCCCCGGAGGACAUGGUUGCUGUUAUGUUGCACGGUGCUGACCGAUCUGAUGUGCCCACUUUACGGAAGGUGCUUCGCCGGCAGCAGGCCCUCUGGCACCCGGAUAAGUUCUCCCAGCGCUGUGGAGGCCGUUUGGUGGACUGUGAUAGACAGAAAAUCCUGGACACAGUCACUGCUCUCUCACAGGAGCUCAACAGACUUGCACAAAGCCUCAGAUGACAUAGACUUCACUGAUCUGAGUUUGAAUCUGUUUAACUGCAGUAUUUGUUCUCAAGCUAAUGUGUGUGAUUAAGACAUUCUGUGAUUUAAAUCAAAUUAAAAACAAAAGAAAA